UUUUGGCGCUAUUAUAUUUAUGGGUAUCCAAUUAUGGUCACAACUUAUUUAUGUUCUACUAUCUGUAAAUGUAUCUCAACCACGUCGCCUGCAGAUCGCAACUGAAUAUUUUAUUGAUCAAGAAAGAUAUUUCUACUUAUUGUUCUUCCACAUAAAUACAGUUAUGUUUACUGGAUGUGUGAUAUUGGCAGCGACAGGAACAUUGCUCAUUGCAUAUCUUCAUCAUGCCUGCGGAAUGUUUAAAAUCGCUAGUUAUCGCAUUGAGAAAGCAAUACAAACUUAUGAAGAAAAAAAUAUUAACUUGAAAAACGAGUUUCUCGCUCACAAAACCAUGAUUCGUGCUGUGGAUAUUCAUCGAAAAGCUUUAAAGUUGGUAUUUGUAUGCAUAUAUGUAUUAUAGACGAACUACAUAGAAUAUCUUGAAAGUUUGACCUAACUUUGGAUCUCAAAAACAGCUUACAUAUAAAAAACGUUACGGAUAAAAGUUGUAGUACA